CCUUAUAGCAGUUAGUCAUAUGAAAUUGUGCCCUCUGUCAUUGAAAUGUAAUAUGCAGUCCUGUAACGGUGUUGGAAACGAAGAGAAGAGACGAGACAGCACAGCACCUGAAGGCGCUGAUCCUUCAAGCCCGGUCAAAAAAACAACCUGUUCGUGCUUCAGUUACCUUGAAUUACCUUUUCACCUUAUACUAGUUUUUAAAAGCAAAUGUAACACUUGUGUUCAUCCCUUCCAAGCAUGUACUGAAUGCUGUUAGCUGAGUUUCAUCUGGCAACCUUCCCCUGUAAACACUGCCGUUGCAUAAUUGCACGUAAACGCUCAACUGCUGGCUUCAUGAGCGCACGGCUUGACGACAAGCACUCCCCUUAGCACUUCUCAGAAUGUCAUUCAUUCCAGACUGGACGACGGCUAAUUGCGGAAAAAGAAGCCAGGGGACGACUGUCGUGAGAUGGUUUGCCUAAUGUUAGCCUAAUGGAUUUGACUAAAAUGGGUGUGAUCCAUCUCCAAAACCCCGGCCACCCCACCAGCCUCCUGCAGAAGGCCAACCAGAUGCGUCUCUCGGGGACGCUGUGCGAUGUGGUCAUCAUGGUGGACAGUCAGGAGUUCCAUGCCCACAGGACCGUGCUGGCCUGUGUCAGCAAGAUGUUCGAGAUCCUGUUCCAUCGCAACAGCCAGAACUACACUCUGGACUUCCUCUCACCAAAGACCUUCCAGCAGAUCCUGGAGUACGCCUACACCGCCACGCUCCAGGCUAAGCUCGAAGACCUGGACGACCUGCUGUAUGCCGCAGAGAUCCUUGAGAUAGAGUACUUAGAGGAACAGUGUUUGAAGAUCCUGGAGACCAUCCAGUCCUCUGAGGAGAAUGAUUCGGACAUACACAUGAACGAGAACGGUGGCGAAGAUGAUGACGAGCGCCGGAUGAAAUAUCUGAAGAGCGCCUUCAUCUCCAAGAAGCAUUCCAUACAAGAAGGUGGCUACGGCUCCGCUGCCCGCCAUAGGCUGGCCCUUGUCAACAUGGUGGACAAGAAGCCACCAGUGUCGGCAACCUUAGGGCUUCCUGCCAUCAGCCACACGAAGGCCGCUGUGGAGAGUCUGAUGAGCAUUGGCCAGUCUCUUCUGGAAGGCACCAUGCAGCAGGAUCUCACUCCAAGUCAAGGAUCUUCUUCUCCACUGCUGGAUAAGAUCAAGACUGAGAUGAUGCAAGUGGACGAUGAGUACAGCCACGAAGUCAGCUCCUCCAGGAAUGGAGAAGGAACGUAUGAGAUGAAGCAGCACAGAGGCUCCCCAGGAACCCCCACGAGAGGCAGCGUCAUCACUAGUGCUCGUGAGCUUCACUCUGCUGAUGGUGCUCCUGAAUCAUACAGAGAUACCAGCCAAGUGGGGCAAGCCAGUGUGGCUGCCCUGGCUGAGACGCAUCUCGCCUCGCUUUACUCCAUGCCGGCUAACCACAAGGGCGAGGGCCUGCUGCCCAUGCCCGUCUCUGUGGCUUCGUCGCUGCACAUGCCGCCCACCCUUGCCAUGUCUGUGGACUUCAGCGCCUACGGGGGGCUCUUCCACCAGAGCUUCAUUCAGAGGGAGUUCUUCAGUAAGCUUGGCGAUUUCGCAGCGGCGGCAAAACACGAGGCCCAAAGCCCCAAGAAGCGGUGCGACGUGUGUGACGCGGAGCUGCCAGACAACCAGACUGCUGAGCAACACAGGAGGCUGCAUAGUGACAUGAAGACCUUUGGGUGUGACUUCUGUGGGAAGCACUUCUUAGACAGUUUACGGCUGAGGAUGCACAUGCUGUCUCACUCAGCUGGACCAAAAGCUGUGGUCUGUGAUCAGUGUGGAGCUCAGUUCUCUAAAGAGGAUGCCUUGGAGGCUCAUCGGCAGACUCACACAGGUUCAGAUAUGGCUGUGUUCUGUCUGCUGUGUGGAAAGCGUUUUCAGACUCAGAAGGCCCUGCAGCAGCACAUGGAGGUUCAUGCAGGUGUGCGCAGCUACAUCUGCAGCGAGUGUGACCGCACCUUCCCCAGCCAUACGGCGCUCAAGCGCCACCUCCGCUCACACACAGGUGAUCACCCCUAUGAGUGUGAGUUCUGCGGGAGCUGUUUCCGAGACGAGAGCACGCUGAAGGGCCACAAGCGCAUCCACACUGGAGAGAAGCCCUAUGAGUGCAAUGGCUGUGGAAAGAAGUUCAGCCUCAAACACCAGCUGGAGACCCACUACCGUGUACACACAGGUGAGAAGCCGUUCGAGUGUAAGCUGUGCCACCAGCGUUCACGCGACUACUCGGCCAUGAUCAAGCACCUGCGCACCCACAACGGUGCCUCACCCUACCAGUGUACCAUCUGCCAGGAGUACUGCCCCAGCCUGUCAGCCAUGCAGAAGCACAUGAAAAACCACAAGCCCGAGGACAUCCCGUCCGACUGGAGGAUAGAGAAGACCUACCUGUACCUCUGCUACGUCUGAGACACAGGACAGGUUUGGAAAGAGGGAGAGAGGGAGGUAGAUUCCUGCACCCGCGCUCUGCUCGCUCGACUGCUUCGCUCAAAGCCUGGGCCAAAGAUGGACAAGGAACGUGAUGGAAGAUGUAAUAUGCGGAAUUUUUUUUUUUUUUGUCAUUCGAUAUGCACAUGUUUAAAUUCAUCUCCAGGGACGUUACAGCACUCUUGCAUUGGUAAAUGGAAAUAUGUGGGUGAAGUCUUGUUAAACCGACUUUUAUUGAUCUGGGACGAUAAACGGAUUUAUACUGUUUCAUAAUAUUCGAGCCCACCACUGUAGCACAUUCGAUUCCCGCUAACAAGACAGGAAACUCCACUCUCUUCAUUCCACGUGUUAUACUGAAAUAUGUACAGCAUUUUUGCACUUCAUAUUGUUCUUAAUAUCAAAUAACGUCUUCAGUUCACAAGUUCCAUAAGAGUUGAAUACUAAUCCAAACCAUCUAUGAAAUCAGUGAAAAAUGUUUACUGAAACCAAACUCACAGAUAAUUGGUUGAAGAGCGCCAAAUUGGGCUGUUUUUCUUUGAAAUAAGUGCUAUUUUUAUUCAAUCAAAAAGACAUUUUGUUCAAAAGUGCAGGCCUGUGGCCGAUCUCACUUGAGUGUUGAAAGCACUUAAAGGACGCCAUUGAAUCACAGGUAAAGUCGAGUUAUGCUGCAUUACGCUAAAAAAUGUCAAGGACAUUCAGGGAUGUUGAAUAGAAGUAUUCAAACAUUAGAGUAACUACACUGUGCACUUUCACCAUUGAGUUGACUUCACAGCCGCAAUGUACAGUUUGCUGAUUACAUCCAGACUGAGGUGGAUAUGUUUGAUUUGCUUUAGCUGUCCACCGUUCUCUCACCAUCUGCAGGCAGUCGCGCCAGAGCUAUUCUUCACCUACAAUCAUUGACAAGCUGAUACGGAGUCAGUAUCGGCGGAUAAAGACUCGUUUUGAGCUGCGCUAGAUCAUAAUCAUGCUCAUCAUGCUCUUGAUGGUCCGUGUGCCGUACAUUGAUGAUGUUUAAUUGACUGUAUCACGUGGUAUUGUAGGUGUCACGUUCAGGCAUCCUUUGAUUAAUUAUACAGUAGACUGAAUUUUAAAAAGCAAAGAUUAAAGACAUAUUAAAUGGAGAGAUUAAAGUAAUCUGAAAAGAAGAGAUUAAAGAAAUAUAUGCAGUAUUCAGCUGCAGCCUGUUCAGACAUUGCAUUUUUUUAUAGCUUUUAUCUCUUUCUGUUCUCUUUGUUUCAAAAUGUGUUACUUGAAUUUUACCUCAUUAUCUCUUAUGCUUGAUUUGUUUUUGUACUAGUUCACCCUCCUUUCUCUCUCUGUCUCUCUCUCUCUCUCUCUCUCUCUCUCUCAUUCUACUGCAUUCAAGAGGGUGAUUACUACACUACGUCACUAAUUCAGUUUGUUAGCCUUGUCAUAAUUAUAUAAUCAAAACCUCCAUUCACUGAGAGUUGCACCUUUUCUCCUUGCGUUGUAUUACCAAGUUCAUCUCUGCAUGUAGAACUUACGCUAUUCAACCUUGUAUUUAAGUGCUACCUCUUCAUCACUCUCUGUUUUGCACAAAAGCACAUUUGAUUUCGUUUUGCAGUUUGCUUCUUCAUCAAAAUUCAUCCUUUGCUUAAUUCUCAGAAAUCUUGAUUUUUACUUGACUGUCAUCAAAAUUCGUACUCCUCGUCCGUUUAAACAUUUAACAGGCUGGAAACAGAUUGCAUAUCCUGAAUGGUCAAUAACCUUAAAGCAUUUAUGAGCUAUGGUAUAAGGGAUAAACUUGAACAAUGUGAAUGAAAGCGUCGUCUUUUUAUGUGAAAUCGAUUCAGAAGUGGAAUUUUAGGAAGCACACGGAGUACUGCAACGUAGAGUUACUUAAAAAAAAAGAAUUACAUGAGAAAGAUGUUUUUCUGUCUAGCGAAAAAAAAAAACAUCUUUACUUUCAGACGAGAGCCAAAUGUGGCACUUUGAAGUACAAAAAAAAGAAUUGUUGUAUUUUUGUAUGCCGUAACGUGCGAUCCCUGUCCAUUUGUUAAUAUUUGAGUGAGUCGAGUACUUUUACAGUAACUUUUGCAUUGUGUUCGUUCUUGAUUUCUCGUGCCUCUUUUACAAUGUUGACAAUGUUCAGUAGUAGAUGUUUGUAAAAAAAAAAAAAAUUGUGGUCACUGCUGCUGGGUGUCAAUUCUUUGUAGAUGGUGAUUCCAUGUAAUGAGAGUGGGCUGACUGGGGGUGAAUUAAUGCCAAGAAGUGUAGGCCUACUAGAGUUCAGCGUCACCAAGCACAAAAUUACUCUUUCUGUGUCCUCGUAUUGUGUUCACCAUAUUUUUGACUGCCGGAUUCAGGUCGAAUCCACAGUCGUAUGCAGGUUCUUGUGUGUGUGUGUGUGUGUGUGUGUGUGCAGUGUGAGUCAAAAGAGUUAUUGUGGUCAAUUUAGUGUUUUAAUGCACUAUUUAUGAGGAAAAAAACACUCUUCCAUGCAUACAGAAAAGGCUUUGAUUCAUUUUUUUUGUAUUUAAAGACAAACUUUCAUUUUUGUUUCGCCCUUAAAGGAACACUUACUGAAAAUCUCAUUUACACGAUUUCCCACCUGUCCCAAAAAUAGUCAAUCCAAUGUUGCACUGGAGCUACAAGGCUAGUGUACAGUGGCCCCAAAAAGUAUUUGGCUCACUUUAACCAUUGAUAAGCUACAGUUUACGUUCUUUGGGUUACUUCAAUUAAAGUUUAUUAGGUUACUUUAGAAAAUGUUUAUUAAAGAGAGAAAAAGACUUUCAACUACUAAGCAUAGAUAAUUGAUAGUAGGGUCUCUGUGUGGAGAAAACUUGGAGAAGGAUGUCAGCCAGAUGGCACAAAGAUGUUCAAAACACAGAGUGUCAAAGUCAAGGGCUGGUUUUCUUAUAAUGGUGUUGGCGAGCUUGAGUUCAUUAAUGGGAUCAUGAACUUGGAAGUAUGGAUGCAAACCUGCAGAAUUCUGCAAAGAAGCUGUUUAAACAAUAGCCAGCUGCCUUUUUAUAGAACACUUUUCCAAAAGGAGAUUUACAGUCUUAGAUCAGUCUGUUUUAAACAAAUGUCGCCUGGUUUGACAUUUUGUCUCCCAACACAAUGAACUCUUACUUUUUACUUUUUGGGGUCAAUGUUAAAGAGAUUUGUGUCAGAAAGGUCAAUUACCUUACAGCUACAUUAGCCUCGUAACUCAUAAGUGUAAAAUUGAAGAAGCAAACUUGACUGAUUGCAACUGGUUUAAGGGGAAAAUUGUGUAAAUUUGAUUAUUGGUGAACUUUCCUUUGAAAUGUUAUAUGUCUCUAGAGCAUACCGAUGAAAUUCACCAUCGAAGUGGACUGUGCGCUGAGACAGUCAGGGAUGCCGACACUUUUCUUUCUCAACACUCAGAGCACAAAUGUACAGUGAAGUCUGGCAAAGCUAUCAAUGUUAUUUGCCACCGAACGUCAUGAGUUUAUGUUGUUGAGUUGAUAGGAUCAGCUCCUUUAGGCACUCAGCAAUAGCCACUGUUGUCAAACUACACUGUGCAGCAGCGUAUUUGGUAGCAUUUUGCAAUAAACCUAUUUGACAACAAAGAAGUGACAAAAAAAAGGCAUCCCUGCUUCACUGUGUUUUAUUUCGCUUCAGCCAGGACGUAGCCAUUUCCCUCAGUGCUCCCCUAUCUGUGCCAUUGUCAUACAAUUUGAUGAAUACAAGCACUGAGAAAACACCUGGGACCAAAUAGAUUUUUUUUUUUAAUCCAUUUUUUAAAAUUCCAUUCUUUUUUUUUUUCUCGUGAUGACACGGCGUACUCUGUGUCGUAAUGGUUUUACAUUUAUUGUCUUUUACUUUAUCGUACUGUCUACCUCAGCACCAGUUCUUUACAUAACCUUAAAAGGUGCCCGAUUACAAUUGAUCUAUUUUUUUCUCUGUUGUGCAUAUAUGUAUUUUGUAUCUUAGCAUUCAGAGGGUCUUUGUUGGAUCGUUUGUUGUAUUUUUUUUCCAGUAUUUUCAGCAUAAAGUUAAUAUGCUGUCCUGUUGCACUGUGUGGUGACGUUGAUGCUGCCGACUGAGGUGUAUUCCUUUCUCUCCUCUCUGUGUGGGCUUGAACACAGCUCUGUGUAACUCUUAGUGUUCUCUGGAGUGUGGAAAAAACAACAAUAAAGAUCUAAAAGAGA